AAUGCGGUGGUCGAGUUUAUAAAGUCAACUUAAAUAAUAACUUACAAUGUCGGAUAAUUUUAAAGCUUUUUAACCUAAAGUAUUAUAUCAUUACACGAACAAAAACAAAGCAGGUUAUGAUGGCAUCAUGUCGUCGAAAAGCAUCUUUCCAUCUACCGCUGAAGGCAUGAAACACACACAUUAUGGCAAAGGUGUAUAUUUUACCACAAUCUGGCCCUCCGAGAUUGGAUUAUCUGGUGACGGGGGAUACGAGUCUACUCGUCGUAUAUUUAACGACGUAACCGCCCACUCUAUAGAGCGGAUGCAGUACUAUAUCGGAGUCAGCAUAGAUGAGAGUUGGGAGCUUUUAAUAGCUCGUGACCCAACAAACUUUUUCGAAAUCCACGAUAUCUGGGUCGUGGAAGAUAUGGGCGCUCCGUUAAAUAUUCAAGCGCAAAUUAUCGAGCAUGGAACAACUGUGAUACAUGGGGCAGUUGCACAGUUAGAAGAUCAAACUACGGCGACUCGAGACUACGCCUACCGAUUGAACAGGCAGCAGAAUGUACCUGUCCAACAGGAGCAACUUUGGAAACGGCCAAAGCCUAGUGAAUAUAUCUUCGUGGGAGGACACACGGUUAGGAGACCCCAUGGGAAUGAGGAUGACUUUCUACACCUAGAAGGGUACACUCCGAACUAGAGAUUCAAUAUGGCUUCUAGAGUGAAGUACAUAACUAGAGUCACGAUCGAUUACGGAUUUCAAUUUAGUAGCUAUAAUUUCCAUAACGUAAUUUCCAAGAUAUGCUUAUAGAUGGGGACUUCCGUAUCAACGUCGGUCAUAUCCCCUCAAUUUGUCGGCCGCUUCCGUCAAU